UCGCUCUUCUUUGCACUCUUGGAAUAUGUGUGAGUUCACGGUAGCUUAGGUAAUUAUUAUUGCGAUGUGUUAGAAAGGGAUAGAUAAGCAAACAAAACAAUUUAGUCAAAUAUGGUAAAGUGGGUUGUGGCAUUAGUAUUAAUUGGAUUUGAAUGUAGUAAAUUUAUCUAAAAUUAAUACCAACAAAAAGAAAACUAUAUGAAAAAAAAAAAAAAUUGUGUAACAAAAUGGUCGGAAAAGUAAAUGAAUUGUUUUUUUCAAUAAAAAUUCGUGCGUUUAUUAAAUUACUAGUUGUCUGUUGUAUAAGUGUUUGUAUUAUUCUUCAAGAAUUUCGUAAACUCAGUGUAAUCUCUGUUCACAAAAACAAAGGAACAAUAGCUUUUUGCACGUUUGUGCCUGAUUCUAUUAACGUAGUGCUUUGGUUUAGAGUUAUGUAAUAGUAAAGAAGAGAGUAAUAAAUCGCAGCCAGACCUACUGAAAUAGAUGAAAUACAAAAAAAAAAAAAAAAAAAAAAAAAAAAAUUAUCUAAACGAAUUAAAUAAAGUUAGAUAGUUAGAUAGAGAUAUUAGACCUAAAACCAAAAUACAAAAAAAAAAGGAAAAAUAGCGUAAAAUGAAAUAAAAUAAAAAACAAAAUGGACUACUUAAUGAAACACUAUUCGUCUCACAACAAACACUUCCACCUGCAUAUAAGUAUAUACGGUAUACAUAUGAGACUUUCUUAAAAGCAGUGUACGAAAUUUUAAUGCACAACGAACUGGAUCAAAGAUGUCUAACGAUUCAUUAGACUAUUUGAUAUGGUGUUUAUCAUUGUUAUUAUGGUUUUCCGGGUGCGCGGAUAAUGUCACUUCUUCAACUUUUCAAAAUUGUUAGGCACAUUUGAUCGACAAUAAGAUGUAAUGUGGAUAUGUGCGUUUGUGAAAUGUUUAGCUUAGUUCAUUCGGCUGUGAUAUUUUAGAAAAGGAUAGAUAAACGAAAUAAAUUGAAUUGGAAUAAAGUGGAAUGCAAUGGAAAAGACGAAUUAUCUAAUUGUUACGUCACGUGAUGGAAACGAAGUGAAACGGAAAAAUAUACAAAAUAAGUUCAAACUAUAAGCGGAACAGUUGACAUUACAUUAUUGGUUGAAAAUAUACAUUUACAUAAUGAGUGUUAUAUAUGCGAAAAUGCUAAGACUCUCUCCCACUCUUUUACUAAUGUCUAAAAUGAUGAGAAUAUCUAACCAACCAUCUGUUUGUUAUGAUUAGCGUGGCAUAAUUUCUUGAUUAAAAAAGUAUUGAAAGCAGCAGACAAUGAAAUGAUAAAACAACAAACAACAAAUUUAACAAAAUGAUGACAACAUCGCAGGAUUUCUUCUCGAAUCCCUAUUCAUUGUUUCGUGGUCCACCAACAACUAUGAGGCCACGUGAAAGUCCAAUAAAUAAUUUUGCUUUGGAUUUUCACAAGACAACACACAAUCAGAAUAUUGAUAGAGAAGAAAGGCCACCGGCGCCACCACCCUUACCACCGCCAUUAACGCCGCCUAGGUACAACACUGACCAAGGAGCUAUGGACCAGCAGUUCUGUUUACGCUGGAAUAAUCAUCCGACAAAUUUAACUGGUGUACUCACCUCUCUGCUGCAACGAGAGGCUCUUUGCGAUGUAACAUUAGCCUGCGAAGGUAACACAGUUAAGGCACAUCAAACUAUACUAUCAGCAUGCAGCCCAUAUUUCGAAACCAUAUUCCUGCAGAAUCAUCAUCCACAUCCCAUCAUUUAUUUGAAAGAUGUCAGAUAUUCAGAAAUGCGUUCCCUGCUCGAUUUUAUGUACAAGGGCGAAGUAAAUGUUGGUCAAAGUUCUUUGCCGAUGUUUCUCAAAACAGCCGAAAGCCUACAGGUACGCGGUCUUACAGAUAAUAAUAAUUUGAAUUAUCCUUCGGAACUUGACAAACACCGCGAUUCCGCAGCUUCCUCACCUACUGGCCGGCCUACAUACGGUGGCAUCGGUAUGCGUGGUGAACGUCAGUCCCGCGAUCGUGAUCCUAUGCAUGAUAGUCGCGCAGAUUUGCGUGAAGAUUUACACUCGCACCGUAGCAGUAGUAGUCUAAGUGAACGUAGCUCAGCGGCGGCGGCAGCAGCAGCUGCUGCUGCGGCAGUUGCUGCAGCUAGUAGUAAUGCCAGUUUGCAAUCCGCAGCUGCUGCUGCAUUGGGUUUAACCAGCGGUGAACGAUCUCCUAGUGUGGGUAGUGCAAGUGCUGCAGCAGCAGCGGUCGCGGCCGCAGUUGCAGCUGCAGCCAGCCGUAGCGCCAGUGUCGAUGUUCUAAAUACGCGCGGUGACGCAAGCAGCGAUCGAGGCAGCGAACGAGGCGCAGGCGGCAACGAUAAUGGUGGCAGUGGUAGCACGGAACGUGAACGUGUUGACAGUCGUGAUGAUUUGAUGCAACUCGACUAUAGUACCAAGUCAAAGAGAGAUCGUGAUAGGGAAAUGUCCACCACACCGGUGGAGCACAUAAGUAGUAGUAAUAAGCGAAGACGUAAGAACUCAUCCAACUGUGAUAAUUCGUUGACCUCGACCCCAAACGCAAAUGUACAGGACAGGCAUUACACUCAAGACUCUCAGGCAUCCUCACACAGUAAUUUUAAAGCAAGUCCCGUGCCAAAACCAAAUAGUGGCGGUGGCAUAGGUGGCGGUGGUAAUACAUCAGAAACUGAGGAUUCCGGUGGUCGUCAUGACUCGCCUUUAUCAGUGAGUGGCAUUAGUGGCGGUAAUGUAAGCGCUUCCGCUGGUGGUAUGGGUUUAAAUCAAUCGUUGAGUAUUAAACAGGAAUUGAUCGAUGCGCAACAGCAACAACGUGAACAUCAUGUUUCUUUGCCACCCGAUUACUUGCCGACCACAAUUAAUCUCGAUAAUCCUCAACAACAAUUGCAUCAAUUGAAGCACAAGACUAAUCUCAAAUCCUUUAAUGACGCAACACGAAGCAAUCUUGUUGUCAAUAAAACCGCUAAGCAAUUGCAGCACGAACAGUUUGAACAUUAUCAGAGACAACAACAACAACAACAACAGCAACAACAGCAGCAACAACAACAUGAUCAACAGCAACAUCAGCAACAGCAACAAAAUCUUAUGUUUCAACAGGCGGUUGAAGUGCAACUUAAACGAUUGCAACAACAAACUCAGCAACAUUUCAAAAAUACUUGGAAACAAAACGUAGUCGAUCUUGAAAUGGCUGCUACGACAACAAUACAACGUUUACUGCAUCAGCAACAAGAGCAGCAGCAGCAGCAAUUUCUAAUGGCUUCCACAUGCGAAAUUCCUAACCCGAAUAUUUACAAUACUGACGCAUCUACAUCACGUUCUGCCGUAGCGACAAGCACACAUAGCAAUUUAACUCAUCCCAUGUCAAGUCCAUUAAGCACCAGUAGCUCUUUGCCAAGCGCAAAUACUAGCGCACGCAAAAGUGGCAGAUUUCGUACUAAUUGGCUUUUCCUUUACGAUUGGCUGCAAUACGAUGAAAACUCGAAUACCAUGUAUUGUAAAUUCUGUCGUAGAUGGUCUAGUGAAUUGCCCGAUAUACGAACAUCGUUCGUCGAAGGCAAUUCAAAUUUCCGCCUUGAAAUUGUUAAUCAUCACAACAAAUGCAAAUCUCAUCGUUUAUGCUACGAACGCGAAAUGCAAGAAACGCAACAACAGAAAAUUACUAGCAACAAACAAAAGGACUCCGAUAAUGAGAAUUUAAGCAAAACUGAAUCUAAUUUAAGGAGUAAAUCAAAAGAAAUAAUAACCAUUAACUUGGGUGAUGACAACCCAACUACAUAGUCUAGGACAUACCUGAACAAAUAUUGUAUAGUAGGAAUUAGCUCAGGGUCUUAUUUGCGAACAGAAUUUAAAAAAUGAAAAAAAAAAACAAAAAAAAACAAAAUUUACUCAAGCAAUUAAUAUUUUCAAUACGUUUAUACCCACUACCAAAGAACGGAUGUAUACCAAGAUGAAUCUACCUUCUUUUGAACUUAGUUAUACGCAUCAAGGAUCUACUAAAGUGUGUAACAUAUACUCAUUGCACGCUCAUUGAAAUUUACUGUCAAUAAAUUGAUCGUAUCACGAAGUGUAUGGCAUAUGUUUACGCAUCUUGUUGAGAAUUUCCCGAAUCGAAAUCAUUUAAUUUCAGAUCUGUAGCAUUUUACAUUGAGAAUAAUUGCAGUACCAUGACAUUUCUAGUCCACAAACCAUCUAAAAGUCUUUUACGAACCACAAAGGUUUAAUGUCCUUGAUUAAUCAGGCCGCGAACUUCAUGCGUGCUUCCACAUGCAUGAAACGUAAUCUGAAUACAGUCUGCCUAAGCUGAGUCUGUCUGUCUGUCUGUCUGUCUGUCCGUCCGUCUGUCUGUCUGUCUGUCCGUCCGUCCGUCCGUCUGUCUUUCCGUCUCCUUUGUGUAUGCGUGUUCAAGGGCACGACAACUUCUUUUGGCUCAAGGCAGAACGCUGCUCAGAUUGGACCACACUUCUUCGAUUACUUUUCAUAUAAUGUUUUAUUUUGAAAAGUCGUUGUAGGGUAUUUAAUGAUAGACUGCGGUCUACUAUA